GAUCAGUCAUGCCCAAGUUACCUCAGGAACUCAUUGUAGAAAUACUCUCAAGGUUACCUGUCAAGCCUCUGAUACGAUUCAAAUGCGUAUGCAAAACAUGGCAAUUUAUAAUCUCUGAUCCUGAAUUCGCCAAGCUCCAACUGAAAAGAGCAAUGGAGAACAAUAACAAUGUUAACUGCUACAGAGUCCUCCUCUCAACUUGGCCGCCUCAAUCUGUAGACUUCGAAGAACCAUGUAAUGGUGAUAUCAGUAAUGCAGUAAUAGAACUUCGCUAUCCUGCGAUAGUGAAAGGUCCUCCUAAUGAUUUUUAUGUUGGAAUUUUAGGAUCUUGUAAUGGCCUGGUUUGUUUACUUGAUGCAUAUGGAAGCAUGUUCUUAUGGAAUCCGACUACCGGAAAAUAUAAGGAAUUGCCAAAACCUGAUGGUGCUCGCUAUGGUAUGUAUCUCCACGGUCUAGGGUAUAAUUUCUCUACUGAUGAUUAUGUAGUGUUAUUUGCUAGCCAUUUUACUUCUAAUGAUUCUAAAGAAACUAUUUUUGAACUUUAUACAUUAAAAACUGGAAUUUGGAGAAGAAUUGAAGACACUGAUUUAGCUCCUCAAUUUUGUGGAAGAUCAGGACUUUAUUGGAAUGGAGCUCUAUAUUGGCUAGAAAUAAAAGAAAGUGGCAACAACGAAGUUUUUUUUGUUGUUGCUUUUGAUAUAGUUGAGGAGAAGUUCAAGGAGGUCAUGACAUUACCAUAUGAUGUCAAUUCACACGAUUUAAGUUUGGGAAUUUCAGGAAAUUGUUUAUGUAUAUUUGUUGAACAUACAGAAAUUUGUUUUGAGGCUUUGAUGUUGAAUGUGAAUGCUACAGAAGCAUCUUGGACUAGACUGUUUAGUUUUCCUCAUUACGGGUUUGGUGGCUACUCCAAUAUACCUUUAUGCUUGGCAAAGAAUGAAGAAGUUGUUAUGGAUUCUGAUGGCUGGGAAAUAUACUUGUACAAUCCAAAAGACAGGAAAUUUAAGCAUUUUAAAGUGCAAAAUUAUAUGGAUUCUAAAUCAGAAUUAUAUAUUGAAAGUUUAGUUUCACCCUACAAUUAAGAGAUUACACAAGAACGUUUUGUAAUUUGUAUCUUUGUUGGUUGUGUUAGAUGAACCUCUUACAAGAAGCUUUGUAAUGCUUUUGUUUUGCUUGUACUGUAAUGCUUUUGUUUUGCUUGUACUGUACAUAUAAAACCAGCAGGAAUAACAUGAUUUUGAAAUAAUAGAAGCUUUUUUAUUUUUUAUUACACGCAGAAACUCACAAUUCUAAAGAGAAUUCUAAAAAUAAUGAUUCAAAGGUCUUAUUUUCGAAUUUAUUAUUUCUGCAAAGCUUAUUAAUUUAUCCAGAGUGAUAGGUUUUUCACUAUUGAACUCUUCAAGAAAAAAAAAAAAAUCUUUAGAAAUUGAGACAUGACAUGUCUGACAGCAAGGUGAAAUGCAAACAAUUCAAGAAUCCCAAAUGCAACUAAGAGAGAAAGCUCCUUGCAAUGCAUCCAGAACAUCCUAAUUUGGUAAUUUUGUAGGUUAUAAUACAUGUUUUCCUGACUGUUCCAGAUCUGAUCACAAGUUUUCAAUAUUUUUUGGCUUAAACCUAUCCAAGCAAAUGUAGAAAUAUUAGUUUAUUGCAGCUGACAACAGUUUUGC